AAGAGAGAGAGGGGAUGUAAAUCGUUCACUCUGCUCUGAGCUUCUAUCAGUGGACAGGCGCACUGAUUGCAGUUGCGGCUCAUUUAGGAAGAGACUCCUCACCAAACAUCAGAAGAAUUCAUCUGGAAAACCCGCACUCAAGACCACGAUUGCUCAAUAAUGCUAUUCGCUUAUUUGUAAAACUUAAGCGGACACAAAUGAGGAUCAGAGCGAUUUGAGUCUAUGAAGGAAGUAUGACGCUGAAUGUAUUAUUUCAGAGCCCAUGUAAAGAGUGAAUAAUCGAUCCGCGGUGUACUUCAUCCAGGACGCCCUUCAUCCAGCAUGUUCACCGUGACUGUAGUGUUUCUGCUCGUGGUGGGGAAUGUCUUGUCUUCACAGGACUUGUGUCCUUCAAGGGCGUUCACAUUCAGUGGAGAGUGCUGCAAACAAUGCCAACCCGGGGAGGGAAUGAAGAAGCCCUGUGGAGCGACACAGACCGAGUGUGAACAGUGUCUUGACAGCGAGACGUUCUCCGAGAACUUCAGCCACACGGAGAAGUGCCAGCCUUGCACGCCAUGUUCUGAACUCACGCGCAUGCUGGAGCCCUGCACCGACACCAACGACGCAGUGUGUGUCUGCGACUACGGCUUUUUCUUCAGCGACGUGACGGGGCGCUGCGAGACCUGCACAGUGUGUCCUGUGGGCCAGGGCGUGCUGAUAGGCUGUAGUUUUGACCGUGACACGAUAUGCGAGGAGUGCUUGGAUGACACUUUUUCAGACCAGGAGACGUCUUUCGACCCCUGCCUGCCCUGCACACAGUGCGAACAGCCUGACUUGGAGUUGGAAAGCUGCACUCCUCUCCGUGACGCUGUCUGCCAAGAGGUAGAUUCUCCUAACAGCUCGACCUCUCCUCCUCCUCCUCCUAUUCCAUAUGUUACACCUGCCCCUUCCCUUCCUACUUUUUCAUCUCCUGCUCCAUCAGUUGUCUCGUAUACAGACAAGUCUCAGCCCAACAGUCCUACGGAGAGCGUGACCACGGCUGACCCUGGGCUGAAGAGACUCCACGGCCUGAGCGACAACCUCAUUCCCAUCUACACCUCCAUACUGGCUGCAGUGCUGGUGGGCCUGGUGGCAUUCAUCAUCUUUAAACGGUGGAACAGUUGUAAGCAGAAUAAGCAAGGAGCAAAUAACAGAGCUUGCAGUGCAAACCCCAGUCAGACUCCUUCUCCGGAGGGAGAGAAACUCCACAGUGACAGCGGCAUCUCAGUGGACAGUCAGAGCCUGCAGGAGGGCCAGGGGCCUCCACAUACAGUGGUCAAGAUAGAUGGAAGUUCAGCCCUGUCCUUGCCCUUACACACACGGGAGGAGGUUGAGAAACUGCUAAAUUGUACCUGUGAAGGGGAGGAGUCAGGGGCCAACGAGGAAACCGAUUGGUGCAGUCUGGCAGGGCUACUUGGAUACAAAGAAGAACACAUUGCUAAUUUCAAGCAGGAAGAGAGGCCCAUCCAAGCCCUUCUGUCCCAUUGGGCGAGCCAGGAUUCAGCUAAUAUUGAUACGCUUUGUACAGCACUGAAGAAGAUCAAUAGGGAGGAUAUUGCGCAGAGCAUCACGGUCAAACCAACUGCUACAUCAACCGUAUGAGAGAACAAACACAAAAUCACACUUUCAAGUUGUGCUCCCAAAUACUCCCCUUACAUUGCCUUCAGCAUACUUCGAUCUCGAUGCAUCACUGAUGAAGUUGUAUCACUAUAUUCUUAACUUUAGGCUGUAAACUCAAGUGCCGUUUCCCUUUAAACCCUCGAUUAUGACCAAACUAUGUGCAAAUAAUGCAUUGUUCUCUAAAUAUUGUUUGCAUGUUCCUUUAAUUUGAGGAAAGUGGACUUGAACAUGGAUAUUCAUGUUUUUCCUGAAGAUAUUCAGGAGAAAUGACUCAAAAUCAGUCAUUUUACAUUUAACACACUUCAAUACAGCAAAUAUACAAACUACACAUCACAUCCAACUUUAUCCUACCAAUAAUUACUCUUGAUAGGUUUUUUAUUUUCAUUCUAAAAUUCCAUUUGUCUGCCUCUAUACAGUAUAGAAACUGCUAUGUAACAUCCAUAACGCAUAUGCUAAUGAUAUGUCAAAUGUGGCCAGUUUAGUCAUUUGCUAAGUGUACCAUAUCCACUGAUUAUAUCGCAUCAGAGCUUGACCCCUCAUGUUCACAGUUAAUGCUCCUGUGCUU